UGAAGAACAAACAACCUAGCUGCUGCUCACUAAUCCCCUCUAUCUUUCACCAUUCAAUUCAUCACAUUCCACCAAUUAAUUAAUCACUAAAAUUAAGCAACGAUAAACUACAACUAAUUACAAAUAAUAUUAGUAACUUACCCAGCUGCUGCCGGCUGUGCUGGUCGACGACCAGAGGACGACGAGCUGACGAGAUGGAGUGGAGGGCGGAGGCUGACUUGGUUGCGACGGUCGACGGGACAGGACGGAGGCUGGCUGGGCCGCGAAGCGCGGAUGACGACCGGGGACGAGAGGUUGGUGGAACGUCCGGCGUCGGAGAGGAGGUGGGUCGCGACGUGUGCUGGCUAUCGGGCUGGGUCGCAACGUCGCGGAGCGCGGAUGGCGACCGGCGACGAGAGCUUGGUGGGGCGUCGGAUGUCGCCGGCGACGAUAGCCUGGUGGAGGCGUGGAGCGGCGAGUCGGCGACUGUGGGAGGAUGGAGGAGAAGCUCGGCUGGGGGAGGAUGGAGGAUGGAGCGGCGACUGCUGCUUUGCAAGCAAAGUGAAAUCAAUUAAUCAAACCCUAGGCUGCUGCUUUGACAGAGAAUCUCGGCUGUGCCUGGGAGGGAGGGGAAAAAGGGUCGAGUUGCAGACUUGUAAUGGGUGGGCUUGGCCUGCCCCUGGACUUAUUUUAGUUAUCCGGUCUUCCGGUUUUAACACGGUUUUUACCCGGAUUGGAUUGGUCCGGGUUUUUUUUCUAUUUCUAAGACCAAAGACGGAAUUGGAUUGUUUUAAAUCCGGUCCCGGUCUUAAACGGUCCGUGACUCGACUCUACUGUCACUCCAGGAAUUGGCCAAGUGAAACCACUUCCUAAAGCGUAGUAUAGCGGGUUUGGGUUUAAUUAUCAACCCGGGUCCUAGAUAUGAUGACUACUCAGUGAAUUCGUGUUAUCUAGCAAUGAAACUGGAAUGCAAGUCUAAACUAUCAAACUAACAAAGCAGGUAAACGGUUGUAUUCAGGUUAAAGAGGUCACCCGGAUAUGGUUCCCCCUAGACUGCAGUUAAGCCGGAUUGUAAUUACCAAGUUCAGUUUCUAUGACAGUUAUACUGCGGAAGGUUCUUAAACAGCCUGAAGUCUCGACUAAAGGUCUUCAGACCCUCUCAAUCUGACUCUCUAGCGGGCGACUAACCUCCACCGGAGUCGACAGAUUGAGGCCCUAAGAACAAAACCUCCACUACCGGAGUAAAUCCGGUACAGAAUAGUGAGUUGGCUCCUCGACUAAAGUCACCAACUCCCUACCUUCAAUCAAGGAUACUCUAUUAACCUAGGCAGAUAUUCUCAUUCUAGGUCAAAGCAGAAACAACAGGAAUUUGAUCAGGAUUCAAGUCAUUCAAUCAUUAAAACCUCAAUCGAAUAUAAUCAAUCAUAGAAUCAGUACUUGGGUUCAUACAAUCAAAGCCUAACAUAUAAAUCUAGGGUUCUCCAUACCCAGAUGAAUGGGAGAACUACUCCAUGGAGAAGAAAGCAAAAGCAGAAUCAGACACGGAAUUCAUACUGCGAAGGAUGGAUUCCUGCUUCUGGACGUUGAUUGGCACUUCUCCAAGCUCAAGCUGGCCUCCAAUGGUGUUGAAGAUCAAUCUAGGGCACUUGGGAACUCUUGCUCGUCACUUUCUCUCUCUAGGAACUGAUCUCUCUUUCAAAAACUCGAAUCCCCUUGAAUUGUGGCUGAAACUCUGCUUAAAAGCAUCAGUGGCCAAAGCACGGUCGACGGCACGGCCGUGCUUUGCCUGACUCCGCCCGUGCCUCGGCCAGGGCUUAAUUACACGGCCAGCAAGUGGGUUAAACACGGUCGUGCUUCGGGUUGGACACGGCCGUGCUUUGACUGAACACGGCCGUGCUUCGGUGCCCGUGUUUGCAGCUGAAUUGGCCAAACUGAAUUUGCUCUCGGCAUAAAAAGCACGGCCAGCAGUACACGGCCGUGUAAUGCCUUAGGCUGCCCGUGUUUUGGCUCCAGCUCACCGAAAUGACUUCCGAAUGCCCCGAAACUCGUGCUUAGCCUUCCCUUUGACACCUGGGACCUGAAACAUGACAAAAUAGCACAACCCGGCGUAAAAUAGGCCAAAAGUACACGACUAUGCCCCUCAAACGGAUAAGAACUAGGGGCGCAAACAUGUGCAAUUACAUCGUUAUCAAACUCUCCCACACUUAACCGUUUGCUUGUCCCCAAGCAAACCUAACUCAAACCAAUGCAACUCUCCAGACCUCUAUAGCAACAAACAACCCAGAUCGUAGGUAGAGGACUUCCUAGAUCAUUUAGCAGCUUACGAGGUCAACCGACGCACAAGUCAUCUCAUAGCUUCUUCGGCGAGUCGGCAUCAUGGCAAACAGUGAACAGAGGACAAAUGAAUCGUGGAUGAAGAGAUUCUCAAAAACAAAAGAUCAUGGACUCA